AUGUUAGAUAUAGAAAAGUUAGUCUACAACUUAUCAGACAAAGAAUUAACUCAUCCACAGUUGAAAUUACUAGGUAGAGGUUGGAAAUUUUGUAUUGAACAAAAAAUGAAUGAAACAUUAAAUGUGAAAACAGAAAUAGAAUAUGGAAUGCAAAUAAUUAAACAAAAGAUACCUGAAGGAAAUCCUUCUUGGAUUAAAAUAUGUGAUCAAAUCAAAAUAAUAGCGAAUGAUAUGUUAAAGAGAACAGAAAAGAAAUCAAUUGGAAAUUUAAGCAAUGAAGAGCUCCAGGCAUUAAGAGAAUUAAAAUUAGAUAAAACAAUAGUGAUAUUAAAAGCAGAUAAAGGUAAUGCAGUCGUAAUCAUGAAUAAAAAAGAUUAUGUUGAGAAAGUAAAUGAAAUGCUAAAGGUCAGUAAGAAGUUCAUAGUAGGGAAUGUUGAUGAAACUAUGGAAGAGGAGCAAAAGAUUAAUCGUCGGUUAACACAAUUAAAAAGAAAUAAAAAGAUCACAGCAAAAGAAUAUGAAAUUAUUUGUAUCAGGAAGCUCAAUACCAACGAUGUAUUGCACAGUAAAAGUUCACAAACAAAAUUAUCCUCUUAG